CUUGGACCUAAUUGAGGAGCUAGGGGGAAUCAUACCUAAGUGAGUUCCCAAACUGUAAUUAGUAGUUUUACUUAGUUUAGUUAGUAUAGUAGUUUAGUUAAUCAAUCCUUAAUCUAGUUUGCUAGAUAAUGAACUGAAGCUGAGUAAUAGUAACUCUAGAGACCCGUGGAUUCGAUAUUUAUUACUUGUGCCACUAUACUGCAGUCACUUUCAUUGGUUACAGUUGGCCAUUGUUAGGAGUUGUGUCGUAGCGAGUCAAGUUUUUGGCGCCGUUGCCGGGGAACUUUCUAGAUUAUUAGGAAAGGCAGAAGUUUGUUACUUUAGCGUUUUUUCUUUUCUUUUCUUUUCCACCCUUGCUUUUCACUUGGGUGUUUUUGUUUUUGUUGGUGCAGAUCUGAAUUAUGGAUCCUCAUGGCUUCUCCAACAAUUGGGGGUAUCCACCACCACCCGAGUGGUAUUACCCCGAGACUCCCUGGAGCAAUCAAGGAGGAGAAGACUAUGGAUUCGGGUUCCAGUACCAACCCCCUUACUACGGAGAACAAUCAGACCCCUGGGCAUAUCAAGAACAAUCUCCUUAUCAAGAAGAAUUCCUCCCACAACAAGAAGGGCCAUCGGAUCUUGAGUUAGCCACAGCCUUCACGGGCCACUCUGCAGAGCCAUGCUACACUUCACUGGAAGAUCCGAACAAACAAUUAAGGCUUCUCGUGGAGCAGUUUGCUCGAGACACUGAGAGAUCAUGCUCCAAGAUGGAUCUUCAAAUCAAAGCCCUUGCUGCUUCCGAUCCCUCAUUUCUCCAUGAUAUGGAGGAGACUGUUCAGCGCUCAGCGAAGCAAACAGAGUGGGUGGAGCAAAUUUGCUCACAUCUUGCUCAAGAUCACCUUUCUGCUACCACGCUAGAAGAGGUGGAGGAUGACAAAGGCUAUGGGGAUGUUGUGGAGCAUACAGAAGUUAUCACAGAGAACUCCCAUGAUAAUCAUGAUCAGGAAAGUCCUCUGGUUGCAGAUCACACAAUUCCUUAUUUCUGCUCUAACAUGCUGGGCCCGAGCGAGGAGAUGCAAGAUGAUCUCAUUGAAGAAAUUACAUGGCGACUUGCUCUCCAAUCUGUGCUUGAAGAAGAAGAGCAAGAAAGGGUGCAGAAAGAAGUUGUGGAGGAUGACGAAAGUGAAGCAGGAGGAGUUGUUGAUCAUUUCCCAGGGGUGAUACCACAUGAAGAAGAAAGGGGGGUUGAAGAAGCAAUUGGCGUCCAGGCUGAGAACAGAGUUAAGGUGGAAGAGGCAUGCACCGGCCAUGAGUUGCAAGUGAUAUCCCCACCAAACUUUGAGGAACUUCUUAGCAAGGACCCAUUUGCAGUGUCUCUUUGCCAGACCAAGGCCACAUCAACAUCGGUCCCUCUUGGUGGACGCGAUGGUGGCCAAUCGAUGCUGUCAUAUCUGGUUUGGGGCAAUGAGACGAAAGAAGAGAAGAAGAGGUCUCGAGGGUGGAGACUUCAUCUACAUCAAGUACAUGAGCCUUCAUCACCUGCCACACCACAUGCUCGUGACUUGAGACUCCACCUCAUCGACGAGAACCUCAACUUCAAGGAGGUUCUAGCAUGGACCGAAACUUAGGAGCCAUCGUCCGGCUCACGACGUGAAAGAAGCGCUUGUUGGGAGGCAACCCAACUAGUCGGUUUGCAUUUCUUUUUCUAUUUCUCCUCGGUUGAGUCAGUUUUGUUAUUUGAUUUUAGAGUCAAUAACUAAACCUUUGUGAGAUUUUGUGUGGUGUUUGUGUUCUGAUUACUCUCUCUUUCUGGAAUGCACUGCCUGACCCGUUCAUCAUCAUUCACCCUUGAUCUGGUAACUUCGUUCUACCCUCGUUAUCUUUCCUCCAUUGAGGACAAUGUCGUGCUUAAGUGUGGGGGGGUGUUCGAUUAUUUAUGCGGGUGAAUGUUUGGCUGUUUGUGUGCUUGGACCCUAGUCCACUGUCCAAAUCUCGAGAUUUGAGGGCUCCAAGUACGGCUGUUUGAUCAUAUUGGCACUGUGUUUUGAUUGGUGAAUUGAAUGGUUUUCGGAUUAAUGCAUGACAACUGGAUGGUGCUUAGGACAACCUAUGAUGAUGACUGAGACGUGCAGUAGAGUUGUGUAGGGGUUCAGUUUUUCAACUGUUUGCUUACCAACUGUGACUUGGAUUGAUUACUUGUUUUUGACAGUCUCUUGUGCAUCUAGUUCAGGGAAUCAAAAUGAGAGAUAGAGCAUUUAGGUAGCCAUGUGAGAUUUGAGCCUGCUCGUUUCUUUCUUGUGCGAUAGUUCCCUCUUCCAUGAUGUGUAGCAUUCACGUUGUCAUUAGCUAAGAUGAUGGAGGCAUAGGAUUAGCCCACGACCAAAUUGGCUGUCCUGGUGUGUCAUACCCCCUAGUCAGCCCCUUUGAGCCGUGUGUUAUCCUUUCUUUCGGUCUUUAAUGAAAAGUCACCCUUUUCCAUCUUUUAGAAGGUUCCACAGAGUGAUUUUUACCUGUUCUCUGCUGUUUCUGCUAAAUAUAAUGUGAGAGUGGGAGGUAGUUCUUAAAAAUUUGGGCAGGUGUUUGAAAAUAUGCAGAGGUGGUGGUUCUCUUGAGAAAUGAAAGAAAAUGAAAGAAAAACAAAGAAAAAUUGGAAGCAAAAGAGAGCCACUACCAAAAAUCUGAAUAAUGCCCAUUGAGUAGUGUUUCUUAGCAGUCUGGCUUGGAAAUGCUAACAUUUAUACCUCCUUCGCUUUUGUGCUCUUGAGAUAUUGAGUAAUGCAGAAUAGCAUAAAGGAAAUACCGGUUUGUUUAACUGUGAUUGUGUGGGUUUGGAAAUGUGGAACCUUGUGCUUUGAAUACUUCCACCACCUAAAAGGCCUUUUCCCCGUGUCCAAGACCCUAGCCAGUCAUUUGAACCUGUGUCUAAGACCUCCUGAUUAGUCAAUGGUGACACCCCAUAUGUGAACUCUAGCAUUUAGAGGCUGCCAUCAUGGUGAAGAGAUGUUAGGAUUUGAGAGAAAUAGCAUGCGCAUUUUUCGCAUCAAAUUGUCCCGACCCCACUGGUCGAGAGUGAGUGAUUCAUUUUCAUAUUCUAUAUACUCUUGUAUCCCGGUGAGGACCUAGAUUGAUCGGUCUCUAUUCUUAUGUCUUGAGUUGGAUGUAUGAGUUGACUGUUUUGAGUAAGUGGUUGAGUCAAGUCUAGGUUGGUUGGUAAACAGAAGGGAGACUCUUCCUUUACUCGAUUUUGCUGCACUCGAAUGUCCUUUGUGGUGGUUGUCCAGGUUGCUAUUGAGGUUGUUCAUGUAUUGAUGUUUGAAAACCAGUACGAUUCACAUGUUCUGUGCCUUUAUGACUUGUCCCCAAUGUUGGUUGAUCGAAAUAUGUGAGCUUACCUUGUGUCUGACUUGGUUUGCUUGGGGACAAGCAAACGGUUAAGUGUGGGAGAGUUUGAUAAGCCGUUAAUUGCACAUGUUUUUACCCCUAUUCUGGAGCCGUUUGGGAUGGUAAUUCUCGUGUUUUAGGCCUAUUUUACGCUAGGUUGUGUUCCUUUAUCACAUUUCAGGCCCUAGCACAUAAAGUGAAGCGUAGGCG